AUGACAGUGGUUUUUGUUUGUUCCAAUCGACGCGGCCUGGCCCAUCAAGAGAGGAGAUCGAGACCGGAACUUCGUCCGUGUCCGUGUCGACCUCGUGAACCAUGUUGUAAUAUACCUCCCCCUGACCUCCACCUCGACGAGGGUGGAUCGAUCAUCAAUGGAGCAGCGCAGGAAGAAGACGUGCCUGCGCGUCGACGUUUACUUCGACCGUUCGACGAGGGUCUGGUUGCCGACAUCCUCGCCCGCCUGCCGACCAAGUCCGUCCUCCGCUUCCGCGCCGCCUGCAAGGAGUGGCUCCGCAUCAUCGACAGCCCGGCCUUCGUGGCGCGACACGCGCGGCGUCGCCCGCUCGAGGUCCUCCUGUACACCAGAACGACGGUGGCCUCCGUCGAGCAGCAGGGUCUGGACGCUUUGGACGUCUGCGCCCACCGGCCGGCGACGCGGCGGCCUCUCGCGAGCUUCCCCGGCAGGGACGGUACGUGGAAGCCUUACUGCUCCCUCCUGGCCUCGUGCGACGGCCUCCUCCUGCUCCGCGAGGACGGCGCGGUCGACGUCGACGGCGCCGAGCAUUACCUCAUCUGUAACCCCGCGACCCGGCAGUGGAGCCACCUGCCGCGGCUGACCCGGGGUGCUGGAGGACAGCAGGACGGCCGCGCCACGCACCGGGAGUCCGGCUUCUACUUCCACGAGCCCUCCGGCGAGUACCGGCUCCUAUGCCACAUCACUUUCCUCGACCAGGCGCCAUACUACUGCAUCUUCUCGGCCGGCGCCAACGAGCCGCGGUGGCUGAGCGUGCAAGCCACAGCCAUAGAGGACACCAUCAUCGCCGCCGACCAGGCAACCAUGGCAGGGAACCAAUGCUUCAAGAGCCUGAUGACGCCGGCUCUUCUUCACGGACAACUGCACUGGCUGGAGCACAUGGAGGCCGGGCGCACCGACCAGAUGGUGGCGUUCGACACGGCGGCCGAGACGUUCCGCCGGAUGCCUCCUCCCCCCGUGACCCGCAAGGGGCACUCGCAGCUGCUCGUCGCGGACGGGUCGCUCAUGGCGUCCGAGCCGGGCCACCUGUUCGUGGACCUCUGGGUUCUCGAGGGCUACGGCGGCGGCGGCGCGGCUACCAAGGGCACGUGGGAGCGCCGGCACCGCGUCGACGUGCAAUGGCUGAUCACAAGGCCGUUGCUCGUGGCGGGUCGCGACGGAGGGGACGCGUCGUCAUGGGACUUAACCAAGGCGUAG